AUGCAACGUUAUUCCAAGAUUUGCAGUAGUCCCCGUUCUAUUCCAAAUAGAGUGAAGAUGUCAGUUAAAGAGUUAACUGCUUGUGUUCAUGCGUCAGCUGCAUUGUUAUAUCCAAUGUACUGGCAACACAUAUACAUCCCAGUGCUUCCUCCACAUCUGCUGGACUACUGCUGUGCACCCAUGCCUUAUCUAAUUGGCGUCCACUUAAGCUUAAUAGAGAGAGUAAAAAAUAGAUCGCUGGAGGAUGUGGUUUUGCUAAAUGUUGACACAAACACUCUAGAAACCCCUUUUAAUGACCUGAACAACCUACCUGGUGAAGUGGUCUCGGCCUUGAAAAAUAAACUGAAAAAGCAGUCUACAGCCACGGGUGAUGGAGUAGCCAAGGCCUUUCUUCGGGCACAGGCAGCACUGUUUGGAUCCUACAGAGAUGCGCUAAGAUACAAACCAGGAGAGCCUAUAACCUUCUGUGAAAACAGUUUUGUGAAGCAUCGUUCCAGUACUACUAAGCAGUUCCUGGAAACUGCUGUUAAUCUUCAACUGUUUAAACAGUUUAUUGAUGGUCGGCUAUCAAAAUUAAAUGCAGGAAGAGGAUUCUGUGAUGUUUUUGAAGAAGAAAUCACAGCAGGAGGCUUUUGUGGAGGAAAUUCUAGAUCUUAUCAGCAGUGGAUGCAUACUGUGAAGAAAGGCGGUGCACUGAUCAACACAGCAAUGACCAAAGCCACUCCGGCUGUGAAAACAGCAUAUAAAUUUGCAAAAAAUCAGGCAAAGCAAGGAAUAAAAGAAGUGAAGAGUAAGUUAAAACACAAGGAGAGUGAGGAACAGUAUGGAACUUGCAGUGCUGGUGCAGUACAGACUGCUCCCGUCUACACAUUGCAUUAUGAGAAAAGAGCAAACUCAGAAAAGCGAAGACUGGCACAGACUCGUUUCAACCAGCAUCUCAGUAACCAGGAUUUUGCCUUGGAUGUAGAUGAUGAUGAUGAAGUGGAGAGAACAAGCAAGUUAUCAUCAGAAGACAGUGAAGAAGCUUCUGCUUACUUUUAUGAUAGUGAUGACUCUGGUGAAACUGGAAUAACUCCUCAGCAUCAAGGAGAAAUGGACUUGCUCGGGGAGAUUUUGGACACGCUGAGCACACACAGUUCAGAUCAAGGAAAGCUCUCAGGAGCAAAGAGCCUGGAUUUCUUUAGGUCGAUGGAUGACAUUGAUUACAAGACUGCGAACAAGUCGAAUGCACCUAGUGAGAGCAACCUUCCCCUGCUCUGCAGCAGUGCUAAUGAUCAAGCAGAGUGGAACCUUGGUCAGGAUGACACUGUCCUCCAUGGGAAGCAGCUCCCUCCAUCACCAAGGAAGCAAGUUUCUUCUGGUGGCCAUAGAGAAUCUCUCUCAAGGCUGGAAGAAGAAAGUAGUGACAAAACCUCUAUUACUGACAAGACGGACACCACUAGUAUGACAUCCCCAUCUCCAGUCCGGUCAAGUGCCCAGUUUGAUUCUCUAGAAAGUUUCAAAGCAGGCUAUUCUUCCUAUAAGUAUGCAAAGCGGAAUGAAACACUAAGCAAUACCUCAGAUCAGCUCCCAGCAAGUCAUGCUCAACAUCCAUCCAUUCUGGUCCCUUGGGAGAAAGACAGGAAGGAAGGAAGUGAAACUCCGGAAGAGGGUGGGCUUCUUCAGGAAGUGGUGUCAUUAUGUAAACUGAGUUCUGCUUUUCACUAUGGUUUAAAUAUUUCAAAGGAUAGCUUAUCCAGCAGUAGCAGUGGAAACAAAACGUAAGAAAACUAUGAGAACGGAAACUUGACUCCCGUCAGAAGUUAAAGGGAGACUACUCAGGACUCCAUAUAACUCCAUAUAACGUGAUAACCAAAAGCUGA